CCUAAUGUCUGGUAAGAUUUCAACAUGCAUGGAGCUAAUAAUAGGCUUCCCCGCUGUGUAAAUGAGAUUGCAGUAAGGCGAUUCUUUGAGACAGAGACAAGUUCAUCUUCGUUAAACCGAGACGCAAAGAGUUGACCCCGGGGAGCGUCCUGAUCCAGUCUCCAUGCACUAAUGCUUUUAGGGAUACUACCGACAAGGGUCCACCGAAAACUGGCCUGCCGCGCGGUUUACACAAUGCUGGAAAGGCGAAAUAUGAUAAACAAAUCAACCUUCACUAAAAUUGAAGAAAGCACCGAAAAGAAGAAUACAUCAGAGAAAGGGAGAGCAACAAUUAUCUUCUCCCUCAAGAACGAAGUGGGAGGACUUGUAAAGGCACUCAAACUCUUCCAAGAAAACCACGUCAACCUUGUACACAUAGAGUCCAGAAAAUCCAAAAGGCGCAACUCUGAGUUUGAGAUAUUUGUGGACUGCGACAGCAACCACGAACAACUGAAUGAAAUAAUCCAUCUGCUUCGGAAGCAUGUGAACGUGGUGGACAUGGAGCCUCCAGAUAACUCCUGUCUACAUGAGGAAGAUAUGUAUGAUGUUCCGUGGUUCCCAAAGAAAAUUUCAGACUUGGACAAGUGUGCAAACCGUGUCCUGAUGUACGGCUCUGAGUUGGAUGCUGACCAUCCAGGUUUCAAGGACAAUGUCUACCGGAAGAGGAGAAAGUACUUUGCGGACCUUGCCAUGGCCUACAAACAUGGGGACCCCAUUCCUCGUAUUGAGUUCACAGAGGAGGAAGUGAAGACUUGGGGUGUUGUGUACAGGGAGCUCAACAAGUUGUACCCCACCCACGCCUGCCGCGAAUACUUGAAGAACCUGCCACUGCUGUCCAAAUACUGUGAAUGUCGGGAGGACAACAUCCCUCAGCUGGAGGAUGUCUCGCGCUUCCUCAGGGAACGUACUGGAUUUACCAUCAGGCCUGUGGCAGGUUAUCUGUCCCCACGUGACUUCCUUGCUGGUUUGGCCUUCCGAGUUUUCCACUGUACCCAGUACGUGCGGCACAGCUCCGACCCCUUGUACACCCCAGAGCCGGACACAUGCCAUGAGCUGCUGGGUCAUGUCCCACUGCUAGCAGAGCCCAGCUUCGCCCAGUUUUCUCAGGAGAUUGGUCUUGCUUCACUUGGGGCUUCAGAUGAUUCAGUUCAGAAACUGGCCACAUGCUAUUUCUUCACAGUGGAGUUUGGCCUAUGCAAACAGGAAGGGCAGCUGCGAGCAUAUGGAGCAGGGCUACUGUCAUCUAUCAGCGAGCUUAAGCAUGCACUCUCUGGUAAUGCAAGGAUAAUGCCUUUUGACCCCAAAGUCACAUCCAAACAAGAAUGCAUCAUCACAACAUUUCAGGAUGUCUACUUUGUGUCAGACAGCUUUGAGGAGGCCAAAGUGAAGAUGAGGGAGUUUGCCAAGACCAUCAAGCGUCCCUUCACAGUCCGAUACAACCCUUACACCCAGAGUGUGGAUGUGCUAAAAGACACUCCCAGCAUCAACAGCGUCGUGGAGGAGCUCCGGCACGAGCUCGACAUCGUCGGUGACGCCCUCAGCCGGCUGAACAAGCAGCUGGGCGUCUGACCGCCAACGAUCCAGCUCAAGUUAAUCACCUUACAGUGCAUCAACGCUUGCUGUGUCACCCCCCCCCCCAGCACCUACUGUAGAGAUACUGCUUGUGUAUUGCCCUUCGUCAGUACAAUGAAUGUGCACUGCUUUUGGCAAAAUGUUCUGUUGUCCCCACUGCAUGGUAUAUGACAUUUACAAAUUUACGAGAGGCGUGUUAGGUAUGCUUAGCCAGUGAUAUCAAUACAUUGCACAAACCCAAAGAGCUGCUUAACCUGAGACACUGUUUUGCUUCAUUUGUACUUGGCUGAUUUGGCUUCUGUAUUGCAAACAGUUAAUGCGCUUUCAUGGUAAGUGAGUAUCCUUUAAAAACAUCCCCAGCUGUUACAAACACAGAUGUGGUUUCUUCCUUCUAUUGUUAAGUUUGUCUGUUGUAUAUGAUUAUGUGAAUUUUUUUGUAAUUUAUUUCAUUCUUUGUCUUCUUCACAUUUAAUUCUCCUCACUUCAGUGAUAUGUAUAAAAUGUACCUUGUUUGUAUUCUUUUGGUGUAUGUAUCAUGCUCCUUUUGUGUGCUGAGGGAAAUUAUGAAAGUGAAAACUGGUGUUUAAGAAUGUUUUCAAUACUGAUUAUGACAGAUUUGGCCCAUGUACCCUGACCUGUUUUAUUUUACAGUGAUGAUUUUGAAUACCUCCUCUUGAAGUGAAUAUAAUUGUAGUACUCCUGAAAUCAAAACAUUAUUUUUCUACUGUAAAGAAAUAUAGACAUUAUAGUAGGCUGUGUAUCAAACUACUGAAAAAAAUAAACAAAAAUGUUUUGUGUCCUCA